AGCCUGCACCAGCUGACUGGGAGCUGGCUCUUGCAGUCACAUGAAAACGUGAGCGAUGGAGCCCUGCAAGGUGGAGAGAUCUGGGUGAAGGCUGCUGACCGGCUCCCAGCCCCGGACACCUCACCUCACCUGCCGACAUGUCUGAAGGGCUCUCUCGCAAGGUCCCGGUGACGUUUGACGACGUUGCCGUCUAUUUCUCUGCGGAGGAGUGGGAGAUUUUGGCAGAAUGGCAGAGGGAGCUUUACAAGGAGGUGAUGAAGGAGAACCUGGAGGCUGUGCUUUCUCUAGGAUUCCAGAUCCCCAGACCAGGCGUCGUGUCCCUGAUGGAGCGAGGGGGAGAGGCCUGUGUCCAGUAUCCCAGGGACCCUGCACCUGAGACCCACUUUGAGGGAAAUGGCUUCCUAGGCCCAUCGAUCGGGCUGCUGAGCAGCCGCAGCAGCCAAGAGAAGCCCCCUCUCUACCCAGCUGUGAUGCACGUGCCCACCUGGCUGCCAGCUGGGGAAGGCUCCUGA